UGACCAAGUGUGGCUCAUAAUCAUAAAAGAAUCCUCGCUAUAUCUACAAAAGUUGUGCAAUGUGUUGUUGUUACCAGAUUGUCUCAAUGUCUGCUGUUAGCCGCCACCGUAUGGCCAUUUCAGCUGCCCCGCAUUCUCCUUAUAUGGUGGGUAUCUCCUGUGUCUUGGCACCGUCCCGCUUUAUCCAGGAGUCCAGCUCGUCGGCCAGUCCCGUCCGGAGUCGGGGCCGGUCAACUACUCCACUUUUUUUUAACAACAAGCUCCCGUUCCGCGCGGAGACAUCAUAUCCGCAACACCACCGCGUCCGUUAUCCGGAGUUCCUCACAUGAACUAUCGGCCUUGGCCGGAGCUAUGAG